AUGUGGAUGGACCGUUGGGUUCAGGCCAACAAGCACAUGCAAAUUUUGCAAGGAGAGGAGAAGAACUCUUCUGGCCACAUGCAAUGUCACGGUUUUCACAAACUCCAGUCCCUUUCCAAAUCCCCUCCUUCUGUUUUCGGAACCGCAGCCAGCACGCACAUCUCGCACAUCGAAAACAAGUGGAGGGUUUUGCGGAUCCACGUCGAUCUGGUGGCCGUGCAUGUUCUUUAA